GCAAGUAUUUUUUUUUUUCGUUCCAAUUUACGUGAGAAUUUCUGUCUUUAUUUAGUGAUAAAAAUUUUCCUGUGUUUUUUUUACAGUUUUGUGUUUACGUGUGUUAUGUGAUAAAAAAAUACGUUUUGUUUUUUUAUUUUGUGCGUUGGAAAAAGAAAAUCAUUAAUCAAUACACAUGGCGCUGACAAUACUUCUCCUACUGCCAAUGGUACUAGCCGAGGAGGUGGCAACCCCGGCCAAUCUUCUACAACCGAGGAAUUUUAAUUACCAUCCGUAUGCCAACCUUAUUGAGCCUACAAAACAAGGACCAGUCCUGUUCCCGAAUGAUGGUCCCCCGCGCCCGCGCACCCCCCUCAUCGUCACGUCCAGGCCCCUCCUGGAGUCCAUCGCAAGGAGUGACUUGAACAAUACUAUAGCCGAGCAGAGUCAGGUCAACAGGGUGUCUUUUAAGCCGGGCUUCCUUGCCAGGGUUAAGGAUUACAGACCGUUCGUAUACCCCGUGCCGACGAUCACACCAUUUAGCAGUUAUGACGAACCACCAUACUCCGAUGUGCUGAAGAAGGCCAGACUACACGCGAUUGGAAAAGAAGACAGAUAUUAUAAUGAUUAUGAGGAGCAAACAGUCCUACCGCCUAUAUACAAGGCUUUAGCUGACCAUGCCAAGAAUAAGGUUUUGAAGUUACAGCAGCGGAAGCAACCAAAAUAUGACCAUCAGUCGGACUAUUCUCCACGACAUCGCAGUGAAGACAUUGGUAAUGAAGAAGAGCAAAAUAAAAACUACGCCUUCUCGUAUACCGUGAAAGAUCAGAAAACUGGCGAUGACUUCUCACACAAACAGCACAGCAGUGGAUCGGCUACGAAUGGAGAGUACAGGGUUCGACUCCCGGACGGUAGAAUGCAAAUCGUAUCGUACACUGCUGAUAAAAAUGGUUACAAAGCUGAUGUGAGAUACGAUGACGAAGACACAAAUUCUGGGAACAGAAUUGAAUAUAAUAAUUUCAAUCAAAAUGUCAAACAUAGCAUUGAUUAUGCUAAAGGAAAUACUUAUAAAUUUGAUGACGGAUCAAAUAGAAACCUUGUUAAUGAAAACAAAUAUGAUUAUGUAAACAACCGCAAUUACAAAGUCGACAAUGAUAAAAAAUACAAAACCAACGAUUAUUAUCAAUAUGAUACGUCCAAGGAAUAUUAUAAUGAUGAUCUAUCAACUGAAUACGAAAACAAAAACUAUGAUUACGAACCACAUAAAAGUAAAUUUACAGUAUUCGCCAAUAAAAACACCGAUCAUUUAAAUUUUAAGCCUACUCGUAAAUAUGAAGCGACAACCGUUAAACCAUCUUACGAACAAUUAAAAGAUCUUUUAGUUAACAAUGAAGUUUAUAGCACAGUACAACCUAAUUAUUUCACAAGAAAUCCUGUAGAAUUAAAUGUGCCUUCAACAACACCUAUUUCAAAUUAUGAAGGCACUACGGAACAUGUUGUCGUUAUAGGGGGAAAUAAACCAGUAUUAUAUACUAGUAUUGUGAACAGUGUUCCUAUUACUCCAUCACCAGUGUUCACAAGUAACAAGUAUAUAGUAUCAUCAACACCUGGUAAUUUUUUAGUAUCAACUAUAGCUGGAUUAAGAGACAAAACAGCCGUUACAGCCAAACCGAUUCUGUCACAAAAAUUUAUAGAUAGGAUCAAUAAGUAUUUAAGUUUUAAAAAAUAAGUGACGGGGUUUUUGUUUUCGUAUUUUAUUUCAUUUUUUUUUGCCAAAAAUUGUGUAUAAAAAUUAGAUUUAGUUUUUUAAGUGUAAAUAUAUAUGUUCACAUUAUAUAGAUCAUUGUCAAUUACGAAAUUAUUUUAUUUAAAUUCUAUUUAAAUUGCAUUCUAAUAUUACGCAUUAAAUUUUGAAAAUCUAUUUUUUUUUUUAUUAUUAUUAUUAAUCGGACUGAUAUUUUUUUUAUUUUUUAUUUGUAACAAUGAUUUUUCAUUUAAAUUUAGUAAAAUAAGUUUUUUUUUAUCAGAUAAGUAGUUUUUAGGUUACGUUGUUUUAUAUAAGAAUUUGUAAAUAAAUUAUAAUAAUAUAACUUUUAGUCAAUAAAAAUAUAAGUACAUUUUUGUAUAAUUCGUAUUCUUUUUACUUUGUUUUGGGGUAAGGGGUAAGGAAACUAAAAAUUUCAUUAAGGAAUUAAAAGGACAGAUUAUUUUGAUAGGAGUGAUUGUCAUUCCGGUUCAUAUUUGAUCUUAUGGAUUUCUGUAGCCAUCCAACAGAGCAAUGCUGCACGGGUUAUCAUCUGACAGAUGGCCGACGCGAAUGCCUGAACAUAGCAUAGUUUGUAUGAGUGCUUUUUUUUACCGCAAUGAAUAACCAGCAAUGUAGUUAUACAGAAUAAGGUAACGUUUGGCGAAGUGGAGUCGGCAUUGGAAUAUGACAUGAGAAUCAGUCAGUCAUAUUUCUUUUAUCUAUGGUACUGUCUUUUUUGCUAAUUUUUCUUUUUUUCAAUAAUCAAUGUUA